UUUUCCCUCAUUUACUGCCGUGAACAUGAAGCAAGUCACACGAGCGAUACUUUAGCGUAGAACUCCAGGCGCGUGCGUUGUUUUUAAACCAAGAACUUUAAGUCGCUCGGUCAUGGACGCGUGCAGCCCGGAGUUGAAGGACCUGGAGACCAAAUUGGGUCGCAAAGUUCCCGAAAGUCUCGUUCGCUCGCUCGCGGGAGGCAAGCACGACAAGGUGACACCGCCGGCGGCGGCGCGUCCCGGGCGCUGUUCGGCGGACUUUGAGCGGCUGGAGGGCAAAAUGAUUUUCCUCAAACAAGAAAUGGCGAACCUGCGCGCCAUCGACGUGAAGCUGAUGCAGCAGCUCCUAUCCAUCAACGAGGGCAUCGAGUCCAUCCGCUGGGCCAUGGACGACAAAGGCGACGCGGCCAGCCAAGACGGCAGCCUGACCAGUAGCUUGUACAGCCUGUCGGACAGCCGGGACGACGGCUCUCUUCCGGGCAGCCUCACCAGCCUGAACGACGACGAGUUGGACGCGCUGUCCGUAGGCAGCUACCUGGACACGUUGGAGGACCUUCCGGAAGACCCAUCUCCUACAAACUGCUUUUUGGAUCAAUCCGCGCCGGACCUCAGUAAACCUGCGGCCAAGCUGCGAAUGGAAACGGACGAAUACUACUGCUUUGGAUAAUGAGCGGAAAUAUUUUCACUUUUCUGUGUGUGGUUUUAAAGUAACGCCACUGACUCACCCGUGUGACUUUUACUUUGAUACUCGCCACACCUCACCAAACCACUUGCAGUCACACCCUUGCUUACUGUUUGUCAGCUGGUAACAUUUGUAGUUUUCCUCUACUGUCAUGUGCAAGCAUGCUAUUUAUUUAGCUUUAUUUAUUUUUAUUCUCGUUACUGGUUUGGAAGCCUCUGAUACGAAGUACUGGAGUUGUAGGGAGUACCUCGAAAUUGAGUGUAUGUAUACAUUCAAAUCUACUUUUGGGACCUAAACUUAGGACUUUUCUAGCCUGGGAACAUACAGCGCUUGCACCUUCCCUUGGCAGGAAAUGUUAUGUUGGAAUUCAAUCUUGAGAUCUGGUAAAAAUGUUAUGACUGCUCUGAUUGCCCACACGCAUGCUAAAGUACUAAUCACUCGGGUGGUAUGCAUCAGUUUUUAGAAUUUUUAAACCCCUAAUUUGAUUUUUAGACCCACAAUGUUGUCUUUAAUAGCUUAAAAAUGUACCCCUGUCUUUUCAGACUUGGUACCUGAGAAUCUAUUUAGAAAAUUGAGAGCAUCAUCCAGUAAAUUGGAGCAAAUUUUCCCCUGUCCUUGUUCCUGGACUGCUUUGGUACCCUUAGGCCUUGUUCAGACUCAGUCGAAAUCAGAUUUUUAGCCAAUCUAGAUUGAAACUGGAUGGCUCUUUUGUAGUCUGAACCAUAGACUUCAUAAUGUAUUGAUGGAGCGCGGGGCCGAUAAAUAGGGGGCCUGCAUUGUUGGCAAGGCCAUCAAAGCUGACCGAGUGGAAUCACGAGCUUAUUUUGUUGAAAAUUCUUGCGAAUAAAUGCCUAAAUCCCCGAGUUCUUUAUAGAAAUGGACGUAAAAUGGUCUCGAUUCUUGGUUAAAAGCAAAAAAAACUGUGCAGUUAGCAUUUAUUUUGCGUAAAUAUGUCAAAGUACAAUGCUAGUGAAUGUAGCUAGCGGCCGCCUGUUGUAAACAGUUUUUCCGGUGAAAAUUCUUGUGAAUAAAUGCUUAAAUCCCCAAAUUUUUUAUAGAUAUGGACGUAAAACUGUCUCGAUUGUUGGUUAAAUGCAAAAAAACUGUGCAGUUAGCAUUUAUUUUACUUAAAUAUGGCGAUGUACAAUGCUAGCGAAUGUAACUAGCGGCUGCCUGAUGUAAACAGCUUUUCCGGUGAAAAUUCCUGAAUAUAAAUGCUCAAAUCCCCAAAUUAUUUAUAAAUAUGGACGUCAAACAGUCUGGUUUCUUGGUUAAAAGCAAAAAAAAAAAGCUGUCGAUUUUGCAUUUAACGUAAAUAUGUGAAAGUACAAUGCUAGUCUGUUAGUGAAUGUAGCUAGUGUCCGCCUUCUGUGAACAGAGCUUUUCCAGCAAAAAAUCUUGUGAACAACUGCUUAAAUCCCUGAAUUCUUUAUAGAUAUGGACGUAAAACGUUCUUGAUUCUUGGUUAAAAGCAAAAAAAAAAAAAAAAAAAAAAAAACUGCACUUAGCAUUUAUUAUACGUGAAUGUUAAAGUACAAUACUAGUCUGUUAGGAAAUGUAGCUAGCGGCCGCCUUUAUGUAAACUGAGCUUUUCCGGUGGAAAUUCUUGGGAAUAAAUGCUUAAAUCCCUGAAUUCUUUAUAGCUACGGAUGUAAAACGGUCUGAAUUUUUGUUAAAAGCAACAACAAAAAAAACAAAAAAAAACAACAACAUGCAGUUAGCAUUUAUUUUACGUAAAUAUGUCGAAGUACAAUUCUAGUCUGUUAGUAAAUGUAGCUAGCGGCCGCCUUAUGUAAACAGCUUUUCCGGUAAAAAUCUUGUGAAUAAAUGCUUAAAUCCCCAAAUUCUUUAUAGAUAUCGACUUAAAACGGUCUCGAUUCUUGGUUAAAAGAAAAAAAAAAACCAAAAACAUGCAGUUAGCAUUUACAUAAAUUUGUCGAAGUCCAAUGCUAGUCUGUUAGUGAAUGUAGCUAGCGGCCGCCUUAUGUAGACAGAGCUUUUCCGGUGAAUAUCUUGUAAAUAAAUGCUUCAAUCCCCGAAUUCUUUAUAGAUAUGGACGUAAAACGGCCUAAAAUUAUUCUUGGUUAAGAGUAAAAAUAAAAAGCGCAGUUAGCAUUUAUUUAACAUAAAUUUGUCGAAGUACAAUGCUAGUCUGUUCAUGAAUGUAGCUAGCGGCUGCCUUAUGUAAAAAGCUUUUCCGGUGAAAAUUCUUGUGAGUAAAUGCUUCAAUCCACAAAUUCUUUAUAUAAAUGAACUUAAAUCAGUCUCGUUUUAUGGUUAAAAACAAAAAAAAAAAACGUGCAGUUAGCAUUUAUUUUACGUAAAUAUGUCAAAGUACGACGCUAGUCUGUCAGUCAAUGUCGUGAACACCACAUGUAAGCAGUGCUUUACCGGUGAAAAUUCUUGUGAAGAAAAUGCUUAAAUCCCCGAAUUCUUUAUAGAUAUGGACGUAAAACUGUCUCGAUUCUUGGUUAAAAGCAAAAAAAAAAAAAACGUGCAGUUAGCAUUUAUUUUACGUAAAUAUGUCAAAGUACGACGCUAGUCUUUCAGUCAAUGUCGUGACCACCACAUGUAAGCAGCGCUUUACCGGUGAAAAUUCUUGUGAAGAAAAUGCUUAAAUCCCCGAAUUCUUUAUAGAUAUGGACGUAAAACUGUCUCGAUUCUUGGUUAAAAGCAAAAAAAAAAAAAACGUGCAGUCAGCAUUAUUUUAUGUAAAUUUGUCGAAGUACAAUGCUAGUCUUAGUAAAUUUAGCUAACAGCCGCCUUAUUACAACAGAGCUUUUUCGGUGAAAAUUCUUGUGAAUAAAUUGUUAAAUCCCCACAUUUUUCAUAGAUGAAAAACAGUCUCGAUUCUUGGUUAAAAGCAAAAAAAAAAAAAAAAAAAAAAUUUACGUAAAUAUUGCGAACUAUGAGGCCAAUGCAGUAGUGGCUAAUUUCUCCCAUUGAUUUUUCGUUUCAAAAUGUAUGCAUGGGACGAAAAAUAUAAUGACCUUGAAUCAUCGCACAAAUCACUCCUGAGACAAUCCUUCCAGUUUGUAUGCGGUACAGCUUUCGUACUUUUUCGACAGAAAACCGGCGUAAAUCGCUGCGUACGUGUUUAUGAAUAGCUCCUCUUGAUGUGGGCGGCCUCCUACGUAAAUGCGAGGCGCAGUGCAAGACUGAUCUGACCCGUCAAUACAUUAUGAGUCGAUGAUGUGGCCUACUCUGAACAGGCAUGGAUCUGAUUUGGACCCUUACUUAAAAUAGUAUGAACGGUCAGCCCUAAAAAUCAGAUUUGAGGAGGAAUCGGACAUGCCUGUAGUCUGAACACUGCCUUAGUGAACUAUGUUGUCUUGACGUCUCCCUAAACUACAAACUUCAGUAUGCAAAGAUUAAGAUUUAACAUCGAUUUGCACAAUUGGACACUGCAUGCGGAGAGCUACUUUAGCAUAUUUCCAACACUGUAGUCUUAAGAACCCCAGGGUAGUGGCACAUAGUGACUGAAAACCAAAGCAAUUUUGAUUGUCUGGUAGAUAAUGCUAGCCCACAGCGUUGUUGAUGGCGGACACGUGUGAAACACAUGUAAGUGUUGUCAGCACAUUUUCCUUCGUUAAUGAUUUUUAAAUAGUUUUAGCUGUUGUCAGACACUGCCUUGUUUUCGUACUCUUUGUACCGACCGGUGAUGUUGAGCAAAUAACGAGAUAAUAUAUUGUGAUUUAUACCACAAGCUUGAGUGUCCUGUUUUGUCCCGUUCGUGACACACUGAUAUGGUCACCUAAUCCCGACACAUUAAACAUGCUUGUAACUUUGUCUCGCGGCAAUCGCUAAGAACCUUAAUUAGGUUUUAUGCUGCCUUUAUCUCUUUCGGGCUUUGGGAGGCUCCAUAAAGCUGCAGAACCUUUGCAAUGGAUGCACCAGACAAAAUAAGGCAACUAUAACUUGGCAAGUUUGGCUAGUUUGUCGUAUGAGAGCAAGAGCUUGAGAUUUUUCUUUUUUGCCUAUCGUGAUUUAGUGACCGAGUCCAAUUACAAUCCCUUCCAGUCGAGACUGCGGCGUGCAGCAGGGAGCCAUUAGCAAAUUAGACACAGCGGUUGGGUUCCGUGCUGCAAAAUGUAACAUGACACUGUCUGGAAUCUGGGAAACUGCCGCCAUGCGACCAAAUGAGGGUAUACGGAAUAUAGGUUAUUUUUACAGGGGUAGCUCACGAUAUGAUCCAAAUUUCCGAUACAAGGCGAUGAUGUCACGAUAUGACACAAAAUUUCCCUUUCAUUUUCAAUGGCAAGUAAACGUAGGUGGCUGGAAAACCUGUGUGGCUGUGAUUUUUGACCAGAAACUUUACAUUUUAAAUUACAGCCCACUGACAUUCAACUCGGUUGAAUGAACCAAGUUGUCGAUAGAUACCAUGCACAUCCACAUAUGUCUAAAUUUCCCCAUUCAUUUUCAAUAGCCGAAAAACCUCUGUGGUUGUGACUUUUUUACCAAAAACUUCCCACUACAGCCCACUGAUACUCAACUGGCACCUAUGUAAAUCCAUGCCAUUGAAGGCCAUGUACCUCCAAAUUUCCCCAUUCAUUUUCAAUGGCAGAAAAACGUGUGUGGUUUUAAUUUUUGACUGAAAACUUACAGCCCAUUGACAUCAAACUGGUGCCGGUGUAUGUCUAUGCCAUUCAUGGCCAUGUACGUCCGUGCCAUUGACGGCCAUGUACCUCCAAGUUUCCCCAUUCAUUUUCAAUUGCAGGAAGACAUAGGUGGUCGAUAAACCUGUGUGGUUGUGAUUUUUGACCAAAAGCUUCCCAUUACAGCCCACUGAUACCCAACUGGCACCCAUGUAAGUCCAUGCCAUCGACGGCCAUGUACCUCCAAAUUUCCCCAUUCAUUUUCAAUGGCAGAAAAUGGUGUGUGGUUGUCAUUUUUGACCAAAAACUUCCCAUUACAACCCACUGACAUUCAACUGGCACCCGUCUGUCUAUGCCAUUGACUGCCAUGUACCUCCAAAUUUCCUAUUCAUUUUCAAUUGCAGAAACCCCUUUUUUUAAAUCUAUCCUUUUUUUUUAACUAAAAAAACGACUCAAAAUCAUUACGAUGUAUCCUGUAAAUGCCCUAAAAUGAACAGGAACUGACCUGUGAAUGCUUUGGUUUCAGUGCCAUUGACGGUGCUAAUCCAGUCAAAAGGAAUUGGAUGUCUAGCGCCGCCAAUUGCAGCCAGUGAGCUAACGUGAACACCCUUUUUAAAAUGAAAUAUCCAUUCUCCGUGGGAGCAUAUCGAUAACCUUUUGGGCUACAAAUGAUACGAUUCAUCACCUUUUCGAUUUGUCACAUCCCUAGUUCUUUGAGUAAAGAGUAGGCGGUGGAGUUAGCUUAUUCACUGCCAUUGAUAGGGAUAGACUUCAUAUCCAUUUGAAUCGUACUUUCUAGAAAAUACAUCUACAAAUUACAUCAGCAAAUCUACAUGAUUUUUAUGAGGCUAAUUUCUGCACGUGAGCUAGCUAAA